AUGGAUUGGUUGUUUAAGAGGCUGAAGUCCCCGUUUACCGGUUCGCGGUCGUGGUCGAAAGGCGCAUCGACCUACUCACAGGCGUCAUCGCACCAAAAAAACACAAUUGCCUGUGGCCCUAGCGACAGGUUCAGAACGGCGGCUGUGGAAUUGAUCGACAUUGCUACUCCAGCAGGUUCAUUCGACUGCAACCCACAAGAAAAUCCCGUGUUCGCGGAGACAGAACAGAAAAAGCGGGGAAACGAGAAACGGGAAGACGGCAGCGAAAGAAACACGAGGUGUCCGGUUCCCAAACGACGACUGUGGGGUUUAGCUACAGUAGCUAAGCCUGCCGCUACCCAUCUGGCUUCGGCUGCUUCUAUUCUUACCAGCCAACGAAACGCCGUCGAGCUGGGGAACCAUUUCGAUUGGCUCACAAUUCCCGUCGUCAACAUCCCUGUCGACCUCUUCGCCUUCGACACCUCCAUCAAGAGGCAGCCCUCUUCACUAAAUUCAAGGUUAGCCUUUUUUGAAGAGUCCCGACAGUGGCACGAACGGACAGUCAGCGACACUUUGCAAGCAUUAGGGAGCCAGUUGCACGUUGGAAGCCAAUUCCAGAAUAAGAAGGCAUCCAUCGAGCCAAUACCACCAACAUCAGACAAUCUUGAAGAAAGUCGCAUUAAUUUUAGGACGCCGGCAUUGGACCAUCUCCCGCCAGCGCCUCAAGUUUAUUCGCCUCCAUUCAUCGCCCGCCGCUUGUUACAGUUACAGCGCACCCGAAGAAGAGAAGGCAAAAGUCCAAGCUUCAGGGUCCAGUCCUCGACACUCCUCGACCAAUCACCUGUCACCGACCGCACCCGCCUGAGUCGAGACAGCCCAGGCUCACUCACGUUCUCACAUUCUCACACGCCAUUGAGUGUCACCACAGCCAACAGUGGGUACCUCGCCAAGCCCGCCCAUCCACGAAUACACUCACACUCAAAUCUCAUUCUCACUCUCACUCUCAUCGCUCACUCAUUCUUUCGGAAGAGUGUCUCUCUACUCCGUAGAGUGGUUGUUGCCAAUAAGCCGGGGCCCCUCCAAUCAUCUCUCCUACUGGAGCCAGAAAGCUACCUAAACGGCGAUCGUUCCGCAAGCCAGGGGCACCCCAAGCAUCGCGCCCCCGUCCCGAACAGACAAUUCGAAUUUCUGCUACAAAGAAGCGCUUCAAGCCACACGCUUAACGCCCACGUUCCUGCAUCCAAGGCCCUGUGCAAUUGUGGAUUGUGGCCCAUUCGCCUCGUCUCGCUUCAUCGCCCCCCAUCGUACCUGGACCUGGACUUGGACCUGGACCACACCGUCACUUUCGACGCUACAACCACAACGCCAAUUCAUCUCAUCCGCCGCCGCCCCCCCUUCUUCUCCUUCGCCCUUUCUACCCGCCUUACACAUCUUCCUACCUACCAAAGCCAUCGCGCGCGAGACCACGACGACGUUCAUCCAACAAAGCAAUACUACAAUACAUUGCAUUCGCCCCUGAGCGUCUACCAACCUCGCAUCAUCGUCGCGCAAGGAAGAAGCCUUCGCGCUUCGCAGAAGCAACAUGAGUGUCAGUGUUUCACCCCAACCCUCGCACUUCCGGUGUUUCGCCCGCCCGUCCUCGCCUUGUUCAACCCUCACUCUGCACGCUGCCCUGCCCUACCAACGUUGCAUUACCUCCUGUCGUCCUCUUGUCAAUCGCACGUUGCUGCGUUGCCCUUCCCUUCUCGAAGUCGAGAAAGUCCACCCGUUCCCGAUCCCGUUCCCGUUGCCUUGUCCGCACACUCUUCGCAAAGCCGCAACAUCGCAAACUUUGACUUCCUGCGAUCACCAACCUUCUUUGCACAUCAUCAUACUUGCUUCAGCCUGGUUGCGUUGCAUUUGCCCAUUUCGACUGCUCUUCCUUGUUGA